CUUAUAAGAUGUCUACACAAAAAUCGCUCACAUCCACAGUGACGUCACCACGGACGUGGUGUCGCGAGAGUUUAGCGCGAAUGCACACGCGUUCGUUAGCCUCUUUUUCCGAGUAGCGAGGACUCUGCUUCCCUUUUUGCUCCAGACUACUUGAACUUGCAGGGAUCCUUCCCACCGGACACAUCUUGAACAUUUCUCGUCCUCUUGCCUCACAGAACCUUUGACCCCCCCCUCCGGCAAGCGUCUCCACUUUGUGACGCCAUGUCUCAGAGGUCGCAGAUGGACGGCGCUCAACAAGGCUUCGCCGCGGGUCGAGGGCUCCUUGCCGCUGCAGAGACUCUAAACUUUGGCAUGAAUCAGAUGGCGGGUGGGAAUUCUGGGGGGGGCGGUGGCAUGGAGGGCCAGGAGAGCAGCUCCCGCAUGUCCCGGGGUGGUGGCGGCCAACUUGGCAGCACCAUGAAGCUUUUUGCCAGCUUGGGGCUGUCGCCCUCAGAUCUGGAUGCUCUGGCCCAGAUUCCCGAGGAGGACAUCAGUGUGGAGACCCUGCCGAAAAUCCUCAUGCAGCUCAAGAACCGCAAAGGGGACAUGGGGCGGGGAGCAUCCGCCAUGUCCUCAAAUGAGUCCUACAGAGGCGGCGGCUGGGACAAUGAGGGCAGGAUGGGCGGGACAUCUUUGAAUCAGGGGUCUGGCCUGUCAGAUUUUGGUUUCACUUCCCGGCAGGAGGUCUCCCUCAGCCGCGGGCUAGGCUUUAAUUACGGCGGUCCCGGCCUCGGAGAUGGCGGCAGAGGGAGGUACUCCUCCGAGCUCUCGCACCAGGACUCAUACGGCAACAUGCAGGGGGCGUCUAUGUCCCAGUCUGCCUUUUUGCAGAGGAGGAGUGGCUCCCCGUCACAAGGAAAAGUUCAAGACUUCUUGGGAGUCCCGCCCCCCAUGUUUCCUCACGUGUGCUCUCUUUGCGACUUUGACGUGCAUUCCACCAUGGAGUGGAACCAGCAUACAAAUGGCCUGCGACACACGGAGAACAGGCGUUUGCUGCUCAACAUGUAUCCUGAGUGGGACCCAAAUGUGGCUUCAGGUCGAAGCAACCUCAUGGAGUCCACCAACAUGUCAGCAGGGUUGCUCGGACCGCCCCCCUCAGGGCCUGGAUCGGCAGCCGGGAUGAUGUCCAGUUGGGGAUCGGGAAUGGGAUCAGGAAUGGGUUACGGAAUGUCCGGGAACCAGUCAGGACACCAAUCCGGACCAAUCGUGAUGAGGAGCAGGGUCGUGGUGGUCAAUUAUAACAGGAAGCCCCUCAGCAACAAGACUUUGUUUGCCUUCACGGAACCUUUCGGGCGUCUGCAGGAGCACCUGGUCCUCAAUCACAAGGCCUUCUUAGAGAUGGAGCGUCAUGAGGACGCGCAGGACAUGGUCAACUACUACCAGCGGAACCCAGCUACACUCUACGGGAAGACUCUCAACUUCUACCUGUCCAAAUCGCUUAUGGUCAUUGAGAAAAACAAGCGAACGUCAGACAGGACGGGUGACGGGCAGUCCUGGGAGGGCAAGGUUGAAGGCAGUAAGGUGGUGUUCGUCUCCAACCUGCCCAGAGAAAAAGACGAGAGGGACGAACUGCUGACCAUCGCCGCUCGCUUCGGCACGGUCGAGAAACACCUCUUCUUGACCAACCAGGCGUUUAUCCAAUUGGGGACGUCAGAGGAUGCGGAGAUGAUGGUGAAGUACUACACCGUCAACCCCCUCACCAUCCGAGGACGACCAGUCGGAGUCUACAUGUGCACCAAGUACAAAACCCUCAAACUCAGCCGCAGAUUGGAAAGUGUUGCAGGGAAUGGUAGCUGGGGCGGAGCAUCAAGAAACACGUCUCAGUCUCCUUCCAGGAGCAGAGAUGAAGACAGCAGAGCCCAAUCUUCUCCGGAAGAUGAAGAGGACAAGGAAGGGGAGGAAGUGUCUGGAGUUGUGGAAUCGGAGGAGGAGCAUACAAGUGAGGCAGAUGCAAAGGAGGCGGAGCCCGAGGAAAUUGAAGACCGUGUUCAGGAGAAGGCUCCUGAUGAUAAAGAUGAUGUCACGGCGGAGACUUUGGCAGAUGUGGGCGGUGCUACCGUGCAGGCUGAGGGUGGGGAGGAGUCGGAGAAGCAGAAAACAGAACCAGAACCAGGACCAGGAAGUCCUGAGGAACAUGAGCCUGAGCAGGAUGACAACUUCCUGGAGAACAUGGAUGAGUUUGUGACGCUGGACGAACUCGCUGAUGAUGAGGAGCAACUGGCCGGAAACGAAGGACCGCAGUCUGAGGGCAUCGACACGUCAAGGAGAGGGGGGAUGAGGGUGGUCAACGUGGUGGGUUUCAGACGAGGAUACAACUUCCUGAAUGAGUUGUUGGGACUGGCCAAACCUUUUGGGAAGUUGGUGAGGCAUCUGGUUUUGGACCGGAAACCCGAGGCCUACCUUCAGUUCGCCACAGAACAAGAAGCGCUGGCGAUGGUCAAGUUCUACAACAGUAACGUUUCUGCGUCCGUGUGCGGGCGCCCGGUGAGGGUCAACCACUCCAUGACGUACCCGACCAUCAAGAUGCAGGUCAGCCCCUCUUCUCGAACGCCAACCUUGUUGGCGGUGGACCGACCUGACUUCCCGUUCUCGCAGCGCAACGCCAGCCGGGUGGUGUACGUGGGUCAGCUGCCCAACGGCAAAUAUUCUGACAAGGACAUCUUCCAACUGGCUGAGCCCUUCGGCAAAGUCCGAAAGUUUUUCCUUAACCGGUUCAAGAGAGAGUGUUUUCUGGAGAUGGAGAGGGCGGAGGACGCGUGUGAAAUGGCAGAAGCUUACACAUCCAACCAACCAAAGCUGAAUGACAGACGACUGCUGGUGUACGUGAGCAGGAAGUACACGCACCUCAAACAUGGACAUCCAUGUCCCAGCAAGAGGGAUAAGAGUAGCUCGCCUUCGAGGUCAGCCAAACAUCCCGAAGAAGAACCUCCGGUCAAGAAAGCCAGGAAAGAGGAAGAGGAGCAAAUGAAACCUCAAGAGGAGGCGGCGGUCAAGGAGGAUGUUGAGCCAUUGAAACAGCAAGAGGAGGCGGUCAAGGAUGAUGAGCCAAUGAAACCUCAAGAGGAGGCGGCGGUCAAGGACGUUGAGCCAAUGAAACAGCAAGAGGAGGAGGCGGUCAAGGACGGUAAGCAAGAGGAGGAGGCGGUCAGGGACGUCGAGCCAAUGAAAGAGCAAGAGGAGGAGGAGGUGGUCAAGGACGAUGAACAAAUGAAAGAGCAAGAGGUGGAGGUCAGGGAGGAUGAUGAGCCAAUGACACCUCAAGAGGAGACAUCCGUCACAGACAAAAAAGAGCAACUGGAAUCCCAGGAUGACGAGGCACUCAUGGAGGAAACGGAGCACAUGAAACCUCAAGAGGCGGCGGCAGUCAAGGAUGAAGAGGAGCAAAUAAAACCUCCGGCAGAGCAGGAGGAAACGAGACCUCUGGAUGUAGAGGAGAAAGAAGUCGACAUAACACAGAAGGUUCCAGAUGUUCCACACCAGAACCAGAAACUGACCGAGGAGAAAGAGGUCGCCAUAGAGAAUUCUGCCAGCCAGACCGCCCCGCCAGCUGAAGCCAACCCGCACGCCGCGUCUCUACCGCUGCCGCCGUUUGACGCCAACAGACCAAUCGGGGUGGAACAGGUGAAGAUGGGCUACUACUGCCGCGUCUGUCUCCUUUUCUACUCCAACGAGGAGACGGCCAAGAAUACGCACUGCCGCAGCCGGACGCACUACUACAAGCUUCAGAGACAUCUGGAGAAGGAAAAAAGCAAGCAGGAGAAGAAACAAGCCAAGACGUCUGCGUGACCUCGUCUUCAAACCAACAAGUCGACUUUUGUUCAUACUUAUCUUAUUUACUGAUUUAGACUUUGCUUUAUCACAAAUAUAGCGACGUAUGUUGUUGUCCUGCUAGCAGUGAUGUGAUCUAGUCGCACUUCCCAUCUAUCUAAAUGUGAACGAUAGGCGGAGGAGUCAGCAAUAUUCAGCGUUAGUGAUUUAUGUUGGAAUGUUUUUCAAAAAUAAAUGUUUUACUCUUAAA